GUAGGCUGAAUUUGACGAUGGAGAUGUUGUCUACUGCUCUAGAAUCACAGAGUAAACACUACACACCACACAAUGCUUCGAGCUAUUACUCUCAGACACUUAAUUGUUCACACUCCUUGUUCAAUUACCUCUUGUAGAUACUUGGUGCUACUCGUGCUGCUGUUGAUCCAUGAUAUGUUUCCAAUGAGCUCCAGUAUAGGUUGGGCAAACGGGGAAGAUUAUUGCUCCAAAGCUUUAUAUGGCUUUUGGUGUGUCCAACAUAUUGCUGGAAUGAGAGAUUCCAAAGUCAUUGUUGCAGUAAACAAAGAUGCUAAUGCCCCAAUAUUUCACGUUGCUGAUUACGGACUUGUGAUUCAAGGUCUUCGCUUCCGUCCAUGUCUCUAUAAGAAUGGCCACAACCAGAGCUGCUUUUACUCCUCAUUUCUCACUCAUUAUGUGUCAGAAUUCGAAUUAAACGGAAUAUUCAAUAUUUUGGUUUUGAAUUUAGUGGGUGUUAUAAAUUAUAACCUUCCAUGUUUACUGUCAUUUUUAAUAUACCUUAUUUUAUUUUACUAA